AUGAGUACAUCACAAGGAAGUAGUCAUCUUGUUCCUAUUGAAAAAUCGACGUAUUAUCACGGCUUUUUGCCAAGAGAAGAUGUAAAAAUGGUGUUGAAAACAAACGGAGAGUUUCUAAUACGUAUUUCGGAACCACGAAAAGGAGAACCCAGAUCUCAUAUUCUAAGUGUUUUUCACAAUCAGCCACCGAAUAUUGACGAAGAGACUUGGAUUAAACACUUUGUCAUCAAAUGCAACGAAAACAAAGUAUUCAUCGAGAAGAAUGCGUUUCCAUCAAUCCAAGAACUGGUUGAUCAUCAUCUGAAAACGAAAGAUUCCGUAAAAGAUGACGUUUUUCUGAUUAAAGCUCUCCCUCGUCAAUCAUGGGAACUCGAUCACGAGAAUAUUGAGAUUAUCAAGAAAUUGGGAGAAGGAGCGUUCGGAGAAGUCAGUAUGGGGAAACUUAAGUUUCGAAAAGGAGGAAAAACUGUGAAUGUCGCAAUCAAACAGGCAAAACUCUCGAAUUUAACGAAAGAUCAAAUCAAGGAAUUCAUGGGAGAAGCGAGAAUUAUGAGACAGUUCGGACACCCGCAUGUUGUUCGUUUCUAUGGCGUUGCAGCAACAACUGAGCCACUUUAUAUGGUUAUGGAAUUGGCGACAAACGGAGCACUCGAUAGUUAUUUGAAGAAGAAUCCAGAUCUGUCGAUUGAGAAGAAGAAUGAAAUGAUUCUUCAAGCAGCCUGGGGACUUGAAUACUUGCACAGUAAACCAGUUAUGCAUAGAGAUAUUGCGGCGAGAAAUUGUUUGUACGGAGAUGGAAGAGUGAAAAUAUCCGAUUUCGGAUUGACUCGUCACGGAAUAGCCUAUCAAGCGGAUCCUCAUAAGAAAGCACCGAUUCGUUGGUUGGCUGUUGAGGUCAUCCGACAACGUCUGUUCUCACUGAAAAGUGAUGUUUGGGCGUAUGCAAUCAUGAGUUGGGAGAUCUAUAAUAAUGGAAUAGAGCCCUAUCCCGGAAUGAUGGUUGCUGAAGUUGCUCAAAAAGUUUUGACUGGAUAUCGAAUGGAGUUGCCAGCAGAACUUAAUCAAGAAAUCAAAAAUCUCAUUGCGAGAGCGUGGGCUGAAAACGAGAACGAGAGACCGUCGAUGGCUGAAAUUGCAAUGGAAUUACAACGGAUCACUGGAACUGUUCGACCAGAUUUCGUGGCGAUGGAAGCCCAAAUCAAGAAAGAGUUGAUAAUGGCAAAUAAUCUCACUCAUAAAUCUCACGCCCGGAAAAAUAAAGGAGCGAAGGCGAAGAUGCCUAAAGGAAUGUAG